GCCGCUCUAUCCCUCGCUCUCUCUCACCGCCGGCUCAACUUCCUUCCUUCCGGCGCCCAACGUGCGGGGCCCACUGAGAGGAAGAUGUUCGAGGAGGGCGAGUGGGACGACGGGGGGGCUCCGGUGGUGACGUCACCCCGCCCCCCCAAGAGGAGGCCUCAGGGCCCCGCAACCCCGAGUGGCUCCCAGCAGCGCCUGCGCCUCCUGGCCACGCUCCGCCGCCUGGAAGGCUUUGGGGACGGACAGAAGGCCCCAUCUAACCCCCCAUCCUCUGGGUCAGAAGAAGAGGAGGAAGCCAAGGCAGAAGGAGAGGAGGAGGAGAAGCCCCAGCGGAAGCGGAGGAAGAGGAAGCACAGGAAGACGCGGCAGCGGGAGAAGCAGCCCUGUCUCCCCUCAGGAGCCCAGAAGGAGAACCAGCAGCAGCAGGGUGACUGUGGUGAGGCAGCGGCUUCGGAGUCCAGAACCGAGCCCUUCACCUGCAGCAAGAGCCCUGUCAGGAAGGAGGGGGCCGCCAAGGAGGAGAACAAGGUGCCCCGGCUGACCAGGAAGCAGUGGAGGAACCGCCAGAAGAGCCUGCGGCGGCGGCAGAAGCUCAAGGCCCUGGGGGAGGCCUCUGCUGCAGGGGGGGCCCCAGCGGACGUGGCCCGGCCCCCCGGCCCAGGAGAGCCCCCUUGCAGCCCGGGAAGGGGGGCAGACGAGGAGGAGGCCCUCCCGGAGGCCGAAGGGGGGCGGGGGGCGGCCCUGCGCCUGCGCAUGGAGGAGCGCCUGGAGGCCGCCCGCUUCCGCUUCAUCAACCAGCAGCUGUACAGCCGGCCCAGCCAGGAAGCCGGGCAGCUCUUCAAGGAGGACCCCCAGGCCUUCGCCGUCUACCACCGGGGCUUCGCCCGGCAGAUGGACCGCUGGCCGGAAAAACCCGUCCAGCGCAUCAUACGAUACCUGCGCCACAGGCCAGCUUCACUGGUGGUGGCUGACUUUGGCUGUGGCGACUGCACUCUUGCGCGCAGUGUCCGCAACCAGGUGCAUUGCUUCGACCUGGAGGCCCUGGAUCCACGUGUCAUCGUCUGUGACAUGAGCCAGGUCCCUCUAGAAGACGAGUCGGUGGACGUGGCCGUCUUCUGCUUGGCCCUCAUGGGGACGAACGUGCGAGAGAUCUUGGCGGAGGCCAGCCGGGUGCUGCGAGUCGGGGGGACGCUGCUGGUGGCGGAGGUGGCCAGCCGCUUCUCGGACGUGCGGGCCUUCAUUGGGGCCGUGUCCACGCUGGGCUUCUCCCUCCACACCAAGGACGUGUCCGGCAGCCACUUCUUCUCCUUCGAGUUCUCCAAGGCCAAGCCUCUUCCGGUCAAGGCGAAGGCGACGCUUCCGGGCCUGGCGCUCCGCCCCUGCCUGUACAAGCGGAGAUGACGUCAUCGGGGCGGGACUGGGGCGGGGCCUCGCUCUCCCUCCACCAAUAAAACGCUUGUGCUGUU